AUAAUCAGGAAUUAAAUAGGAUUUAAUAUGAUAGGUAAAAAUGAAGAAGAUGAUACCAAUGAUAACAAUUUGUAUCGAAUUAAAUUAAUAUCUAAUAAGAGAAAAUCAUUGGAAGAUAAUACAGCAGAAAUUCAAGAAAAAAUUAAGAAUUGUUUUGCACAAUUGACAGACGCAUUGCGAUUAAGAGAAAAACAACUAUUGCGACAAGCAGAAGCAGUACACACUCAACAGCUUUCUUUAUUGCAAUCUAGUUUAGAUUUUAUCCCAUCAUUAAUUGUGAAUUUACAGAAGAAAGAAGACCUUUUGGAAAAGAUUCAUCAUUUUGGGAAUAUUGAAUUAUCUGGAACUAAUUGUAUUACGGUCAAAGAUAUUGAACCUUACAAAGUAGCAGAAUAUGAAGAAGCCAAUAAAGAUCAUGUCAGUUUUGAUAAAUCAAUUAAAUUUGAAAAAGACGUAGAUGCUAUAGCUAAACAAAUAAGGAACAUUGAUAUUGAUAAGUUAAAUAUAUCAUUCGAUUGUGGGAGUAUCUUUAACGAUUCUAUAAGUUUUUUAAACUCAAGUUUAAAUUCCAGUCCAGAAAAUGAAAGACAUUUACAAAUAUCAUUAGAAUCAAAUAAUAUUUCUGAAAUGUGCAAGGAUUCUGAAGUUCUGCCAUUGUGUUCUUCAUUAUACAUAAUAAAGCAAGAUACUGAUAGAUAUUUUAAACAAAACGGAGAACAUCAAUAUAAUAAUAAGUGCACAAAUGGCUUGCAGAAUAUUAUUAUACCAAAUGAAGGUGCAAAUAUUUUCAUUAAUUCCGUUAAUGAAGAUGUUAACGAAAGAGUGCAGCUAUGCGAAGAAAAGUCCUUGGAUAAAACGGAUUCAUUUGAAUCUAAUCAUUCUGAUGAUCAACAUAAUAUAUCAGAUCAAAUAAAAAAUAUUGAAUCUGCAAAAAAUCAAGAUCUACUGAAAGGUGUUUAUGAACAUCCAAAACAAGUCCAGCAAUGGUUACAACAAAUAUUGGUUGAAACUGAAAUAGAACCAAUAGUUCAUGAGGUAGGACAAUUUUCAGAAUUAUCAGAAGUUCAACAUUACAAUAAGCUUCAACUGGAAACAUAAAGUAACAUUAAUUUAUAUAAUGUUCAACAUCAACAAAGGAAUUGCACUACUUAUUUAAUUUAUAUGUCUUUGAAUUUGAUAAGAAUACUUUCAUGUCUUAAGUGGGGCCAAAGUUUCCAUGAUAAUGGAAAGUAAACCAAAAAGUCUGAUUUAUCAUUACAAUUUAUGUCAUAUGCAUUUUAUAAUUUAUUUCCAUUAUUUAAUAUUUUUUAUAUUAU